UUCUGAAGACUUCGUAACUUUAGUUCAAUAUUUAUAGGAACAAGCUAAAUAACUAAAACGCAUUUGAAUAAUCAGUGUCACUAAUGUCAUAAUUUUAGAAAACAUUUUUGAGUGUUACAACAGUUUGUGUAUACCUAAUUAAAACAAUGAUAUGUCAAUCAACAGUGCUUUUUCAGUGUAAGAAUUUAUAAAUGUGACAAUCUAGAGGUCAUUACAAGCCCCUGUCACUGCGGUGCUAACCCAAUUUAAAGUUAGCAGCAAAACGGCGAGGAUGUGCACCCACGUAUCAGUAUGGAGAUGAAGAAACAUGAGAAGCCCGGCAGCCUGUCGCCAGUGAAGCCGGCGCUCAAGAAGGAGAACGACGACGGCAAGUCCUCGCGGUCCAGCAGCAAGUCAGAGAAGGAACUGAAACUGCCCUCGGAAAAGUCACCAAGCGAUGAUGGUUCAGGAUUAAGAAAGGAGCGACGUCUGUCAAAAGCUAGUGAGAGUUCAAAGGAUACAUUUGACAGACAAGACUCAAGAUCGACAAACCUAUCAAGUCCCAAGGUGUCCAGAAAAUAUUUCACAAACUGGCGUCAAGCAUGUGAUAAAACGAAGGAUAAAACUAAAGAAUUACUCAAACGCUGGCGAACGUUACCGGAGGCUGAGGCUUCGGAGACACAGAUGCAAUCUGCAGAGAGCACGGAGGAAGAAAAACAUCAUGGCUGGAGUGUCCACGUUUGGACCACAUGGGUGAACCGGUGUAGCGAAGACCUAGAAUGUCUGGACUUGGAAGAGGAGCAGCCUCUGGCGCAGCUCUGCUCAGUACAGGCUGAUAAGAUGACACUGUUCUUCACGGAGCUGUUGGACCACGACAGAGAUGAUGUCAUCUGCGAUGACGACUUUGACCAAUUCUUCGAGAGGCUGGCACACUUCGCCGACUGGUCGACCAACUCAUCCGAGUUUCAUAUACUACUAGAAGUGAAGCACGAAUUCAUAGAACAUUUCAUCAACCCGUUGCCUUCUAAAUGGAGCGAACUUCCCUACUACAGACGGGUCUGUGGUCCUGAAGCAAGUGGGAUCAAUAUCCCAGGACGAACCACCCUCGAAGGCUGGCUGGCGAGAUGGGCACUGCACCUUAGCGAAAUGAAGCGGUUUUCUGAUCUACCCCUGUAUUUGCAGUACUUGUGCAAGAUACUGUUCCAUGUCAUCGAUAGAGAAGCCACCGGCGAGAUAACGAAGCAAGCCCUCGCUGCAUUCUACCGUUCAGUAAUCGGUCUCAGCGGAAACAGAGUCGAGGAAAUUAUCGACACGGCUUACAAUAGGAUGACAAGCAACGGUUAUCUUAUCCUCGACUACGGAACUUUCGUCCACUGCUUCACUAACUGGUUGAUGGGAAAAAAUCCUAAUGGUCCUGGUCAGUGGGUGCUCGUUCCUCCGAAGGACUCACUACCACAGCCUCCAUUUCCAGUAGAUUACAGCGCCCUUAAUACAGAACCAGCGAAAUUAGAACCCUAUGCACCAGACAAGAAGACUAACAGACAUUCUGUAAUAGUGUGAAGAAAAGUAUAAUCAGCCCUCGGGAAUAGGGAUGAUCCAUAUUAGAAAAACAUGGAUCUAUAAAUAUCGAUAUAUGAUAAAUAUCAAAUUAGAAAUAUCGAUGUCAGUAAACAUCAAUAUUUCCCUUUGAGUUAUCAUUUUAUUUUCUAAUUAUUGGUCUUGGUAUUUAUACCAAAAGUGUUUUUUUAGACACGUCCAAUUUCUAGGUUCUAAUCUUUUUGUUGAUGUUAGUGAUGUUUUAACAUUGAUAAAUAUCGGACAUGUAUAGGUACUCGGGUAUGCGUUAGCUUGUAACACAAAAAGAAAAUGCGGUUCUGCACAAGAGUCAAUAUACUGCUAAUUUUAGAGUAAGAGUUACCUAUCCCAAUAUAAAUAGAUACUAUUCUUAUAUCUAUUAAGGACGGUUUAGUGAUUACAAUAAUGUUAUUUCUAAUUAUUUCUUUAAGUCGUUAUUUAUUUGUAUUAACUUGAAAAACGUAUGUAGGUACCUACUUGUGAGUCGAUUGCGCUUAUUUUUGAAUGAAACGCUUUACAACUUGUACUUAUCGUGCAAUUCGACCAAAUCUUAUCUCUAUAUAAGUCGUUGUAUAUAGUAGAAGUAAUUAUGCACAACACGGUAAGCAAGAACUGCCUUAAUUAAGCGUAUUCACAUUUCACAACAUAGCCUUAUUUUGUACCUUAAAUUUAAAAAUAAAGUAAU